GCUUUAGUUCAUCCUCUUUUUCUGACUGCAGUCAUCCAACUUCUGCUCAUGGACUGCGCUUACUCGCUGCCCUACAACACGAAGACCGGUGUUUUUCCUCGUGAAGAACAGCCUCUUAUGAAAAGAUUGGGUCUAGAAAACUCACAAGAAACUGAAGAUCUGCCAAGCGAGGAAAAUAUGAAAAAUCUUUCUUCUGCUAUGAAGCCUUCAAAAGAAUUUGGACCUAAAGUGCAUCCAUGUUUUAACACGACGGUAAACAAAACCGUAAUUACUUCCAACGGUGAGAAAGUCCUCUGUUUGGUGCCGUCGGAAGCCGAAUUGAUGAAGUAUCUUAAAGAAUCUGGAGGCUUCAACAAACAUUAUGUAGCUGUCACUGAGGAAGAAGCGGAGGAAAGCUUUGAAGACCCUCUCAACCCAAUUGUCUCGUCCAAACCGGUUUGGUCAACUGUGACUGGAAGGCGUCGAAGAUUCAGUGAUGAAGACGACUACUACAUGGUGGGAAAUACCAAAGGAACAUUAGACAAUAAACACCAAAAACGGAGUGUUAGCGGGCUUAAAUCUUGCGUCGAGCAGGGUGAACGAAAUUCCAUAGGGAUGAUUCAACUCUGCGGGGAAUGCGGGUGGGUCACGAAGUUACCCGAGGACAAGUUUCCGAGAUACAUCAACGAGCUUAUCUGUGGUAAAGAUGGCAACACUUUUUCCCAUUCUCCUGAAAUCUGCAAUAUGUUUCAAGGUGAGUGCAUCCAAGGAUCGCUGACGCAGGAUCUUCUGGAGAGAACCGAUCGCUACGAGAAGAUUAAUUCACUCGAUCCUCAGUACCACGCAGUUUAUAAGCAAGUUUGGCAGCCGUACAGUCAGGCCAUAAGAAGCUGCUGUCAAUGCCAAAACUUUUAG